CCAUCCCUGCUGAUGCCAGGCUGGCAGCAGAGAGGAGCAGGGGAUAAAAGUGGGAGGCAGCCUGAGCACGUCAGUCUGCUCCGAGAUGGCCAAGCUCCCUCUGCUCACCGGCCUGGCCCUGCUGCUGAACGCCCACCUCGGCACUGCCCAUGUGCUGAGCUGUUACUUCACCAACUGGGCCCAGUACCGGCCUGGCCCGGGCAAGUUCACCCCCGAAAAUGUCGAUCCCUGCCUGUGCAACCACCUGAUCUAUGCCUUCGCCGGCAUGAGCAACAACGAGAUCUCCACGUACGAGUGGAACGACGAGACCCUCUACAAGUCCUUCAACGGCCUCAAGAAGCAGAACAAAGAUCUGAAGACCCUGCUGGCCAUUGGAGGAUGGAAUUUCGGCACGCAGAAGUUCUCCACCAUGGUCUCCACGCCCCAGAACCGCCAGACCUUCAUCAAGUCCGUUGUCAAAUUCCUGCGGCAGCACGGAUUCGAUGGGCUGGACCUGGACUGGGAAUACCCCGGCUCCAGGGGCAGCCCUGCCCAGGACAAGGCUCUCUUCACCCUCCUGGUUAAGGAGCUGCGGGCAGCCUUCGAGCAGGAGGCCAAAGAGAGCGGCCAGCCCCGGCUCAUGGUCACCGCCGCUGUGGCCGCCGGACUUGCCACCAUCCAGGCCGGCUACGAGAUCGCUGAGCUGGGCAAGCACCUGGAUUACAUCCACGUCAUGACCUACGACUUCCACGGCUCCUGGGAGAGGAACACGGGUGAGAACAGCCCCCUGCGCAGCGGUGACGACAAAUACUUCAACGUUGAAUACGCCAUGAAUUAUUGGAAGAGCAAUGGUGCCCCGGCUGAGAAGCUCCUGGUGGGAUUCCCAACCUAUGGGAAGAGCUUCACCCUGCAGAGCCCAUCCGACACCUCCGUUGGGGCUCCAGCAUCCGGCCCUGGCCCCGCCGGGCCCUACACCAGGGAGGCCGGAACUCUGGCUUACCACGAGAUCUGCACCUUCCUGAACUCCGGAGCCACCCAGGCUUGGCAUGCCCCCCAGGAUGUCCCCUACGCCUACAAGGGCAGCGAAUGGGUCGGCUACGACAACGUCAGGAGCUUCGGCCUCAAGGUGGAUUGGCUGAAGAAGAACAACUUUGGAGGGGCCAUGGUGUGGGCCCUGGACAUGGAUGACUUCACUGGGGAUUUCUGCAAGGAGGGCAAAUACCCGCUGAUCUCCAGCCUGAAGAAGGGCCUGGGGCUGCAGAGCGGCGACUGCGUUCCCCCCGCUGAGCCCCAGCCUCCCACCAGCGGCGGCUCCAGUGGCUCCGGUGGCUCCGGUGGCUCCGGUGGCUCCGGUGGCUCCGGUGGCUCCGGUGGCUCCGGUUUCUGUGCCGGGAAACCCAACGGGAUCUACGCAGACCCCAGCAACGGGAGGAACUUCUACAACUGCCUGAACGGCCAGACCUUCGUGCAGAGCUGCCAACCUGGGCUGGUCUUCGACCCCGUCUGCUCCUGCUGCAACUGGCCCCAGUGAUCCCAACGCUUUUCCAUCCCUCGGAUUUAAUUCUGUGCAAUAAUGGUGAUUAAAUAAAGCUUUCUGAUAGAAA